AUGUCCACCACAACAACAAAUGAAACCAUAAGCAAUGGUAAUGCUGCUAAUGGUACCAAUAAUAAUAAUAAUAAUAAUAAUGCAAGAUCAACAUUAAAGGCAGGAGCAGCUAAUUUUACGCAAAGCUGUUUGGCAUUCCUUCAACGUAGUUUGACCAUACGAAAAUGGAUAGAGACUGUGUUGGGCGAGACAAUCGAUGAAAAAGAGACAUUGUUUGAGGCGAUACGCGACGGUGUCUUGCUGUGUCGAGUGAUGAUGACUGUUCGUGCAGACUCUAUUCCCAAGAUACACACUGGAACCAAACUCAACUUUAAGAUUAGAGAGAACCUACUCUUCUUUUUACAGGCACUCGAAGAUGUCGGUGUUUCGCGGUACUAUAUCUUCCAAGUGACCGAUCUCAUCGACCGCAAGAACGAUAUCAAGGUGCUCGAGUCACUCGAAGUGUUUGGUGACCUUGUCGGCGAGAUUGACAAGAGCAAGGCCAUCCAACAACUACCAGAAGACCACGCAAUCCCAUUUAGCGAUGCUGAAUUGACCGAAGCCGAAAAGGUACUCAAGAAACUAAACAUCUCACAGUUGAAACGUCAACCAUGUACCAAGGCACUCCAACCAUCUUUAAACAACAACAACAACGGUCUUUCAAAUAGUACCAACAACGCCAACAAACAUCGUUCACUAACUACCUCUGCCUCUGCCACCAACAAAUUCAUUACACCAUCUUCACAACCAAGACCAAGACCUUCUUUAUCUCCUGCUCAAAUUAUUCAAAAAGCAAAACCAUUUGAAAAGAGAUGGAUUAGAAUUCAAGCAUUGGUAAGAGGACUUUUACAACGUAAACAAUUCCAUCGUCGUGUUAGAAAUGCAGCCUAUCGACACAAUAUUGUAAAAGAAAUACUUUCAACCGAAGAAAUCUAUGUAAAGAAUUUGGCACAUCUUUCAAAAAACUACUUUGAACCAAUCCAAGAAAACGCAGCAAAAUUAAAUAUCAAACACGAGCAUCUUAAACAAAUGUUUUCAAACAUUGAAGUCAUCAAAAACUACAACAACAAGUUCCUUGAAGACCUUAAACCAAUCAUUGAAAACUGGUCUCAUUUCCAAAAAAUUGGUCACAUUUUUAGUCAAUUUAUUCUAUUAUUAAAAGUUUAUACUCAAUACGUUAAAGAAUAUACACAAUCUUAUGAAAUACUCAACAACAAUAGAAAGAAUAAUUCGAAAUUUGAAUCAUUUAUCGCUGAAAAGGAAGCAAUCGAUGGAAAAUCAAUCAAUGAUUAUUUGAUUUUACCUGUACAAAGAAUUCCAAGAUAUACUUUAUUAUUGGCUGAUUUGGUUAAAAAUACAUGGAAAGAUCACAAAGAUUAUAAUGAUUUGACAGAAUCUUUAAAGACAAUGCAAGAGGUUGCAACCUAUGUCAAUGAAAAAAAACGUGAAGCUGAAAACAUUCAAAAGGUGACUGAAAUCCAAAACAACUUUGUUGGCAAGUUUGAGAAUUUGGCAGAACCACAUCGUCGUUUUGUGUAUGAAGGUAAUCUCCAUGUUAUCAGUCCCAAUGGAAAGGAGUCACCUCGAAUCAUAUACCUCUUUAACGAUGUCCUUGUAGGUACCAAACCAACUACUAGUGGUCUCGUCAAAAGAAAGGACCAUCUUAAAGUAAAAGAAUCGAUUCGUAUGAAUCUUGUAACAAUACGUACCAAACAAACUAUUCAACAACAGCAACAACAACAACAACAACAACAAACUAAACCAACCGAUUCACCAUUAUCUAAUAGUCAAGAUAAAUCUACCACUCCUACUACCACAACCACGACCACUCCAACAACUACUACUUCUACACCAACUAAUAACUUUGUAACAGCCAAACCAACAGUUUCAACAAGCGCCAAACCUCCUGCUUCAGGUGCAACACCACCAUAUAACAAGCCAGCACCACCAAAACCACCUCCACGUUCAGCUAGCAAUACGGGUGUAGUCAUUCCAGGUGGCAGUCAACCUCCAUCUCCAUCGGGAGCAAGCAAUUUUAAACCAGCCAAUCACAACUCUUCUGCACAAACUCAACAAUACUUGAGACAAUCGGCGCCACCAUCUACCACCAGUUCUUCGCAUCCACCAUUGACCUCAUCGGAUCCAGGUCAAAGAAAUCGUACAUCUACCAACUCUCCAGCUGGUAUUGCUCCAUUACCAAAACCACGUACCAUCACUACUUCCAACAAUACACCACCUCUAUCGUCAACUACGCCAACAAACAACAACAAUACUAACAACUCUCAACAACAAACUGUAACACCACCACCACCACAAUCAACGAGCGACUCAACACCUUCAACAUCAACAUCAUCAACAUCAACCAAUGAUAUGAUCAUUGAACUAUGUGAUUCAUUUGGCACAUGUAUUUUAAAGAUUCUAUGUAAUAGUGUCAAGGAAAAGGAUUGUUGGGUUAAUGAAUUCAAAAAGGUAAAGGAGGAUUUGGAAAAUAGAAAGAUUGUAAAUGAAGAAGCAAUGAAAAGAUCACAAGAGCGUGCAGGUAUUGCAAAGGCUGCUCUUAGUCAACAAUAUGCCACCCUUCGAAUCAAGGGUCGUCUCUAUGGACAGUCAGACAUCAAGUCGGCACUAGAAGAUGGUAGUGAUUCUCCUGCUGGAUCGUCAUCGCCUUCUACUGGAUCUUCUUCACCAAAUGGUGUUGGUGCUGCCACUACAGGUGACCGUGACUUUUCCAUUCUCAGAAGACAAACCAUGCGUCGUUCACAGGUGGGUGCUGGAGCCGAUAGUCCUCUCUCACAAUCACCAUCUUCCACUCCGACCUCGAUUGGCUCUGUAUCACCCAAAAACAGCAAAGAGGAUCUAACUGACAACAGUGGCGAUGACAACUCGACCAAAUCAAAGUCUCGUUGGUUUGCAUCACUUCGUAGCAAAAAGAAGAAACCAUCCUCUUCUACUCUUAUCCAGGAUGCCUUUUCACAACCUUUAGAUCCAUUGUCAUUAUCAACAAAUGGCAAUGGUAACAACAAAUCGGCAGAUGAUCAUGAAGAACAUCACAAUAAUACCACUGUAAUUGUAAAAGAGGAUGAAAAUAAUAAUAUUAAUACUAAUAACCAGCCAACCACCACUACUGUUGUUGUAAAAGAAAAAUAA